AUCUGUGCAGGCAUUAUGGAGCGGUACCACGUAUUGCUCAGCCAGCUCGGCUUCGACUCCUGCGUCGCCAUUGCGGGGAAAUACGUGUCCGUGUCGGGUACGCCUCUGACAAAAGAAGUGAUUUACCCCGCAUUGCACACUAUGAUGCAAACGCAUGCCGGGCUCGGGAUGCAAAUCGCCGCAGGGGUCACGCGGGCAGACAUUCCGAAAUACGUACGCCUGCCCGAGGUCGACCUAGACGCCGUAGUGGAAUUCCUCGAAGACAGCGCGGCUGACGUCGACGAAUUGCUGCGCGCUCAACUUGGUCGACCGUUUGCCCUUGGGACGUCUGCCCCGCUGUGGCGGGUGACAGUUGUGAACGGCGCCACCGUCGUGUUCGCAGCUCACCAUGCCAUCGCCGACGGGCAGAGCGGACCUGCGUUGCACGCGACGCUGCUGUCCGCAUUGAACGACACCGCCACCGACCAAUCUAAAGAGUUCGACAGGACAGUCGCUGUGCCGCAAGCGAUACCGCUCGCAGAACCUACAGAGGCCUACAUGAAUAUCUCGCUCUCGUGGUCGAGCAUCUUCCACCUGCUUUACCAGCUGCUCGUGCCAAAAUCGUGGCUGCCCUCUGCGACAGCCUGGACAGGCAACUCCAUACCGCCUGUGCCAUCGCUUGACAUGCACGUGCGGUGCUGGUCGGUUUCCGCAGCGCAGACACGCGAGAUCCUCAGGCGCUGCCGCGAGCAUGGGACGACACUGACUGCGUUCCUGCACACCCUGCUGGUCGGCGUGCUCGCGCGGGUGCUCGCAGAGGAACGGUCCGAAGAGGCGUCCGCGUGCAGCACCGUCAACGUUGCCGUACCGGUGUCCCUGCGCCGCUUCACAGGCGUGCCGCCGCGCGGGCUCUGCAACCACAUCUCGACGGUGUACUUCUUCUCGCCCCUGCGUCCGGUGCUCGUGGGCGGCGGGGACUUCUCCUGGGAAGCUACGCGUGCGUUUGGCAAAGAACUACAUGGCAGCGUGUCCCGCGCACCCGAGCUCCUUGGAAAACUCCGCUUGCUGUUCCGUUGCGGCGUCGCCGAGUCAUACUUCCGCGGGAUAUUGGGCAAGAGGCGGGCAUCGGGGAUGGGGUUAUCAAACCUAGGGCCGUUCCCUGUCGCAAAGCAGGAAGGAGAAGUAUCCAGGUGGACGAUAAGUAAUGUAUUCUUUGCGCAAUGCGACGUGGUGCGUGGCGCUGCGGUCAAGGUGAAUGUCGUCGGGUCGCCAGAAGGCACCACAAAUGUUGCUUUUACUUGGGGUAAAGCCUCAUUAGACGAGGACUUGGCUAACACGCUUAUUAGAGAGGUCAAGACAACGCUGGAUGCAAUGUUAGAACCAUGAUGCUUUUGUACAGUGGGGUGCUCGAUGUAAACAAUGUUUUGCUCGAACUCUAUAUGCAAGAAACUGUCUCACUCAAGUUCGCUGGCCAAAGUGCCCAUGACUACGCAUCUCGGCUUUCUUCUCCAUGCCCAUCAUCUAUCUUCUUGUCC